AUGAAGGAUUGUCCCCCAAUUGUUCACAUGUGGUUGUCGCUGUUUCUGUUCGUGUAUAACGUUUGCAACGGUGUAGGCGCAAUUGUCGUUGGACAGUGCUGUCGAAAACGUGGCGUGACGGAGACAUGUACACGGAUGCUGUGUAAUCCCCAGAAUCCACCUAAUGAUUUUGAUGUUUAUAAUAUUUUUGAGCGAAAAUUGAAUUGUCAACCGUAUAUGAAUGCAAUCUCGCAAUGCUUAGCUGAUGGUCGUGAUCAUAUUCAUUGCUGUAUGAGUGAAGCAAAAGAUCGUGAUGAAAAUGCAUGCUUUGGUAUGUGCCGUGGUGAGGGUAUCGAUGGUAUUGCAGCGUGGGAUAAAUAUCAGACCUGUUUAGCUAUCAAUUUACAUCCUAUGUUUCGCUGUUUUGAGCAUGGUUAUUUGAACAUUCCAACAUCACCUGUAUCGUUACGUAUUGUUUCUAAAAGUACGGAUAGUGUCGUUAUCGCUUGGUCACCACCAGCAGUUAACUCACAUCUUGCUGAGUCAUAUCAAGUUAUCUGUAAAGAAGCUGAUAGUGGUUUCAUCGAAAAGACCAUCAAUACUCGAAGUUAUAAGGUUACGCUUACAAAUUUACACGCUGACAGUAAAUAUUUGGUAUAUGUAAUUGCGAUAACUCGUGAUGGACGCCAUCGAUCAUUACCUUCUGAGACCAUCCAUUUUUAUACAGCUGGAGUAGCACCAAGAGUUGUUGCAUAUCGUGAAACUGUUUCAAUUCCUGGUGAUGCUUCAUCGGUAACAAUUGCUUGUCGAAUGGAAAUGCCCGGUACCACUCAUAAAAGUGUUCAUUUUGAAUGGAAAAAAAUGCACGAAAAAACGAGUCAUUAUGAGAAAAUUGGAGGAGAUAAGUAUAGUUUCACCAAUUAUAUUUCAUCUCAUGAACAUCCACGCCAUUAUGUUUCUGCUCUUCAAAUCAAAUUCCUAAAGUUAUCAGAUUUUGGUACUUAUCGCUGUAUUGCAACUAAUGAUUUUGGUAGUUCAAGUGCUGAUAUUCGAGUGAUACAACGUGUGCUAACCUCAGCAACACCGAUACCACCAGAACCACCAUACAUAUGUUGUCAACGUUUAGGAAUUCGAUCACCAUGUGUUGCUGUUUGUGGUUCUGAAUUUGGUAAGCAUGCAGCUCUACGAGCUGAAUCAUUCAUUAAUAGUCAUUGUGAAGAUGAAAUAAGCAAAUUUCUUACUUGUACAACAGUAGGUGUUGAUGAAGGUGCAUGCUGUUUACGAAAAAAAGUUCCUGGAAUUUGUUUACCACUUUGUGAUGGCUUUCAAAUGAAUAAAUUGGAUACAAUUCCACAUGCAUGCGCUGUAUAUACAUUUUCCAUCUUUCAAUGUCGAAUGGAAAAUGCAGAUAGUCGACCAGCAACUGUAUCUGGCCUAAAAGCUAUUCCAAAUUCGGAUGGUGAUUUAAUAUUACGUUGGGAUUUAACACCACGUGCUGAUAUGUAUCACGUUUAUUGGAAGCGUAAAUUUUCAACAACAUGGGAAUUGAGUUCUGUUGUAACAACCAGUAAACGUAUUUUUGGUAAUGUUGCAAAUGAUAUCGAUGAAAUUGUUGUUGUUGCAUCAAAUAGCUUUGGUAAUGCUCAUCCAGUACGGUUAAUUCAUAAUGAUGAUAAAUGGAUCGCUUCCUAUCAUUUCCAGUUUUGA